AAGAGUAUUAAAAACUAUGAAAUAUAAGAUAUUGUUCUUGAUGGAAAACAUGUGAAGAAAUAAUCUGUUUCAAAGUUAUGAAAUAAACAAAUGUAAAUAAUUAUUAUGGAAAAAUUGUAUAUCGUAUCAAAAAUUUUAUUCUAAUGUUGUAGUUGCGCAAUAUAUCGAAAAGUGUUUUAUGGCGUUUGUUUUAUUUCUUAUUAUUUCUUGCGAAAUUCAGAUUUUAUAUCUCCGCAAUAAAAUGCGAGACUAUAAAGCAUAGCAUUAAGUCAAAAACGACUUUUUACUCAACUCAAACUUUUACUGUGUAGACUUAAGUCAAUCCAUAUUUAUAAUUAUUUAAGUUAUACUAAUUGCCGAUUAAAAAUGGAAUUCUCUACAAUGUUCGUGUUCCUUAUUCCUUUGGUGGUAGCUAGACAUCAUCAUAGGACACUUCUUGAAACAAUACUAAAGUCUAAGGGAAACUUUUACACGAAAGUCAACGAGGAUGUUCAGAACGUGAUCAACAACAUGUUCGACUCACUCGGUUUAGAACCGACAUUUCCAACAAAGGCAAGAAUUAAAACAUUAUUAACAAUGCACUAUGAUUUGAACAAGAUCUCUGAAGAAAACUUUGAUGUUUAUAUGAGUAUGAUAAAUGAAACAAGAACUGAUAGAGAUAAUAAAACAAGUAAUAAAAUUGAAUUAUACGAGUUAAUUGAAGAAAUAUUUAAUGUCAACCCAUUUAAUUUAUCUGAAACAAAAAUUGAUAUAAACGAAACGUUAAUGCGGACAUUGAAAGAGGUCGUAAAAGAAGAACAAGAGAGUACCGAAACAGAUGCUGAUUUCGAAGAUAGCAAUGAGUUUAUGCAGUUUAUACGAGACUUUGUUGAUAAAGUUGACAAUAUUAGCGCAAAAGACUUCACGAAGCGAUUGCCGCCGGAGGCGUCUCCCGAUAACUUUUCAGACACGAAUCUUGAAAUCUGGCGCCCACCAGCUAUCCUCGAAUUAGAUUACGUAAAUGAAACGAAAGCGCGGAGAAUCUUCCGCGGCAGGCGGACCACAGUCAAAAGUUACCCGUUCAUGGUGAGCAUCCACUUGGCGGGAGUGUUCACGUGUUCAGGUUCCAUCAUCAGCGCUGAUCUCAUCAUCACCGCGGCCUCCUGUUUGCAAUUGCUUCACAACAACCGCUUCUUUAGAGAGAAUCCAAAGAAUCUGUUCGUUCGAGUCGGGAGCGACUAUUUCUAUAAAGCAGGAGAGAAAAUAAACGUUAUAGAAACCUACUUCCAUCCUUCAUAUGACCCUAAGACCUUACAUGACAACCUGGUCAUUCUACGGUUAGAGUAUCUCAUAAAAUUUUUGAGGCAACAGAAGAAAAUCCGGCGCAUCUUAUACGACCGGAUCCCCCAACAUCUACCCAGUAACACAGAUGGUAUCCUCAUACUGGGGUGGGGGUCUUUAAAGCAAUCGGGCAUCAUCAACCCGUUCCAGAAGCUUACGGUGGCUAGCCUGAGCAUAUACCCAAUAGACGAUUGCCAAGAAAUCUACUCAAGCCGCUACGUGACUGACAAGCAUUUCUGCGCGGGCUUCCUUGCGACUGGGGGCGGAGCGUGCAACAAAGAUGUCGGCGGUCCCGGCAUAGUUGAGGGCAUCCUCUCUGGAGUGGUCAGCUUCGGGCCUCCGGUCUGCGGCGCCGUCGACGCGCCCACUGUCUUCACUAAGCUUGGCUUCUACGACGACUGGAUCUCCGAAAUUGUCGAAAUGCAACCACCUCGAAAAGGAGUCCAAACCACACUGCGCCCGUACGUAACAAAACUUGAACUAAUGCAACCCCACUCGCACAAAAAUAAAAAGACAAUGACUCCAAUUGUAACUGAACGCUAUAGGGCUCAGCUUAGAGACAAAACUGAUGACCUACUUACACUUAAAACCGUUUUACAAGAGUUGGCUCAAACAAACAGCAGUCUCUUGUACGAUCUGCUCUAUGGAGAUUUGUACGAGGACAUUUUCAAAGACAAUGACAAGCCUGAGGACAUUCAACACCCCUUGGUUAACAAAAGUUUGUUUAUGAUUCCCGAAAUCCACACUUACGAAACGAAUCCAAGUGUUUACGUGACGAUACCUCUGACAACGUCGACAUCCACGCUGCCGUCGACGACAACUCCCGAACCGACCCGCGAAACGUCGGUCACCACGCACGCGCCCGUCACGUCCCCCGAGCUCACCAGCCUGCUCGCCCAGGUUGCCCGCAUGCUGCAGUCCACUACUCCGGUCCAGGACGACCUCGAGGACCGAACAGAGACCAAUCAAUUGAGCACUCAGUCAGAAUUGCGUUCUGGCAACGAGGAGGAGCUCGCGCCUGACCAAAAGUAUUAUAACUCGUAUGAAGAUGAUGAUUUGAUGACAACGACCACAGAAAGACCAGUAGCAAGGGUGAGCUUACCGAUGCCACGGCAUCACCACAAACGACGUCACCAUAAGAGAAGUCGACCGCGCUGGUCUCGGAAACAUAAGAAGCACUCAGGCCGCGGGCGAGGGCGCGGGCGUGGCCGGGGGCACGGGCGCGAGCGGCAGCAGGAGGUCCACUACCUCGACGGCAAGCAUCGCGGGUACAAACUUGUUAACGAUAUGGACGAGACCACUGACGAUGAUGCCGAUUACGAUGAAGAUGAAAGCUACCAUAAUCCUUCAAAAUUCAAUUAAUCUUGUUUAGUACAAUUUUUUUUAGGAAAAUAUCAGUUCAAAGUAAUUAUAAGGAAUUAUGUCUCUAAAUCGAAAUCAUAAAAAUGUUUCAAGUUUAAAAUGUUUAAAUUUAAAAAUUAAAUCAUACAAAUUUCAAAGACUCUUCAGACGUAUUCAUUUGCUUGAUGACCCCUCAAAUGUGUGUGUACUGAAAUAUUUAAAGCUGUAUGCAUGUCUUAAUACUGGCUCACCUCAGUACCCAUAGGAGCGGGCGCCUAAUUGUUCUGUAAAGCACAAAUUUAACGAAAGCGAUAAAACGAUU